UUAAUCCCAAGAUUAACAUUUCAUGGCCACCAUGAAAGGCUAUUCAGAGAAGCCAAGCUUUUUAAUGUUCAUCAGUCCAAGUUUGAAGCAAGGAUUUACUUUUCCCGAUGAAUUUUUGAAGCAUCUGAAGGGACAUGAUCAGUAUGAACAUGCAAUACUGAGAUGGGCCAAUAAAAAUUGGCCGGUGAAAUUGAACGGUGUGAGACUAGAAGACGGUCUUGAAAAGUUCGUAGAGCAAAAUAACUUGGAGGAGGGAGAAAUAUUGUUAAUCGAACAUGAAGGAAAUAUGAAAUUUGAAGCUAUCAGGUUUGAUCCGUCUAAUCAAUGUGAGAUAUUAGAAGUACAACCAAGGGCACCAAAAGUUGUGAAGAGUUCUGACGAAUCUAAAUCCAAAGAAGCUGCUACGCAGAAGCAUUCAGGUUGUCCCUAUUUUGUAUGUACCAUUAGACCAUAUUCUUUUAAAUAUGGUUACUUGUGUCUUCCUCUAGACUUUGUAAUGAAAAACAAUCUCCGUCACAAGAUAGGGGAUUUGAUUAUUAGAGAUGAAAAACAGAGAUCGUGGAAUAUAAGACUAAAUUCUUUUAGUUCGAAACGAUUUGUUCUUAAUGGUGGAUGGCCUGAAUUUAGUAAUGCAAAUGAUAUAAAGGAGGGAGAUGAAGUAAUGUUUGAGAUUGUUACUAAUGAAGAGAAACCAAUAUGGCAAUUCAAGAAAAAAGCAAGUAACAACGUCAAGUCAUCUCUCCUCGUAGAGCCCCCGAAAGUCAAGUCGGGGAAACCUUCUCAAAGGCGAGAUAUUAAAGAUAUGAUGGUAGACGUUGUUCACAUGCGUGUUGAUAAACCACUCCAUAAGAACAAGUCAUCAUUCGUUGCAAAGACCCCAAAAUCGAAGUCGAGGGAACUUCCUCAAAGACAGGAGCUUGAAAAUCAGACUUUAAAAGCUUUUACUCACAAGUCUUUUGAUGAAUCAAAUAACAACAUCAAGUCAUCUCCCCUCGCUAAGACCCCUAAACCUAAGUCGAGGAAACCUGCUGAAAGAGAUGAUUUUGAAGAUCGAUCGUUAGAAGCUGUUACUCACAAGCCCAAUGAGCCCUCUAAAUUAAAGUUGGGGGGACUUCAUCAAAGACAGGAAUUUGAAGAACGAACAUUUGAAGCUGCUACUCACAAGUCUCUUGAUAAACCAACCCACAAAAAACUCAAGUCAACGCCCCUCGCAGAGCCCUCUCAAUCCAAGCCGGGAGAACUUCCUCAAAAACAGAAUUUUGAAGAUCAGACAACAAAUGUUGUUACUCACAAGCCUCAUGUCGAAUCAAACUACUACACUACAUCAAAAGAGGCAUCUCCCCUUAAAGAUGCUCCUCACAAAUCUAGUGACGAUCCUUAUAUUUUGAUCAAUGUUAGUCCCUAUUGCCUCGUAACCGAUACCUUGUUAAUCCCCGAAAAAUUUGCAUUGGCAAAUGAUCUCUUCAAAAUCAAGAAGUGUGAUUUGAUUAUCAGAGAUGAUAACGAUAGGUCGUGGAAUGUUACAUUACGCGAACAUAAUAAUUAUGUUUUUAUUAAAGAUGGAUGGAAAAAAAUUCGCGAUACAUAUUACAUAAAGGAGGGAGAUCAGAUAAUGUUUGAGAUUGUUACUGGUGGAGAUAAACCAAUAUGGAAAUUUCAUGGCAAAAUUUCAAAAGAAUUUGUAAAGAUGAUUCAACAGAAUGGACUGAACACUGAUUGAAGUUGUCUAUGAUGGAAAAGAAAAAUCAACAAUGAAGCAAAUUGAACACCCCCCCCCC